AUGGUCUACCAACCCCCACGCUCAUCCCAACCUCCCACCGAUCGUCCCUUUGAACUCUGCCUCUCUACCCACCCGAACACUCCCCAUUACCGCUCUUGCCUCACUCCCGUAUCCUUCCUUCUCCGAGCAGCCUUAAUCACACCGAACAAACUCGCCAUUUCUCACCCGGAACGCAACUACAGCUUCACCUAUUCUCAAUGGGCAGCACGAUGCCUCUCGCUCGCAUUUGCCCUGCUCACCACUCCUAACUUCAAAACGGGUGAUCGAGUAGCGGUUAUCUCCCCCAACGCACCCUUGAUCGCCGAUGCACACUGGGCCAUCCCCGCCUCAGGUGGAAUUAUCACUCCGAUCAACAUUCGAAACACUGCUAAAGAAGUAGCUUAUGUCCUCGAGCACUCUGGAUCGACUAUCAUUCUCUGCGAUCACGAAUUCGCCCAUCUGAUCCCCGAAAAUCCUGGCCCUAACAUCACCGUUGUUAUCAGCAAAGACUCUGGUGGAGCCGAAUCCGAUGACCCCUACGAAAAUUUCCUCGACCGAGGCUAUCUCGAAUGGCAGCGAGCAGAACAGAAAGAGCUUUCCGCAUACGCCUCGGCCCCCAAACCCCGAGCAGAACCCCGCACCGGCUGGAAACUGCUUCUCGCUCCACAGGAUGAAGAACAACCGAUCGCACUCUGCUACACUUCUGGCACAACCGGUCGUCCGAAAGGAGUUCUAACCAACCAUCGAGGCGCCUAUCUCGCAGCAGUAGCAAAUGCCUUUGAGGCCAACAUUACGCAAGAUUCGCGAUAUCUUUGGGUUCUUCCCAUGUUUCAUGCUUGUGGAUGGACUUUUCCCUGGGCUGUCACCGCAUGUUUGGCGACUCACCAUACGAUUCGCAAGGUAGACAACGCUGUGAUUUGGGAUGCAUUGAUUGAUCAUGGUGUAACGCACUACUGCGGUGCACCGACAGUUCAGAUUGGCCUAACCAAUCAUCCCUCUGCUAAAAAGCUGCCUCGCCGGGUCAACGUAGCCGUCGCUGCAUCCGCUCCCACAGCUAACCUUCUGGCGAAGAUGGAAAGUCUAAACCUGCAUCCCGUGCACGUCUAUGGGUUGACCGAAACAUAUGGUCCCUUUACCCGACGAUAUUUCGAACCAGAAUGGGCGAAACUCGACGUUGAUUCGCGAGCACGAAUGAUGGCUAGACAGGGACACUCUUACCUCACAUCAGACCAAGUGCGGGUCGUCCGAACCGACUCGAGCAACAGCAAGGAUGGCGAUCUAAUCGAUGUGGAAAGAAACGGUAAAGAAACAGGCGAGAUCGUCAUUAGAGGAAACAUGACUAUGAUGGCUUACUACAACGAUCCCUUGGCCACAUCCAAAGCUGUACUCAAGGGUUGGUUCCAUACUGGCGAUCUCGCCGUUCGACAUCCUGGAGGGGAGAUUCAAAUUUUGGAUCGUGGCAAGGAUAUUAUUAUUUCUGGUGGAGAAAACAUCUCGAGUCUCAUGGUAGAGCAAGAAUUGGCAGCCCACAGAGAUGUACUCGAGUGUUGCGUCAUUGCUAGACCGCAUGAGAAAUGGGGUGAACGAGGCCAAGCUUUCGUUGUCCUCACCGAACAGGCGAAGGCAAGCAGAGGUUGCGCUUGGAUGGAAGAGGUAAAGAAAGGUGGAAGCAAGGAGAAUAAGGCGUUCGUAGAGGAACUGAAGAAACAUUGCAAGGAGAGGAUCUCAGGUUUCGCCGUGCCGGAAUGGUUCGAUAUCGUAGAUGCAUUGCCUAAGACUAGUACAGGCAAAGUACAGAAGAACGUGCUUCGGGCGAGGUUCGCUAGUAAGCUCUAG